AUGAACACCGUCAGAUCUGACAUACCCUCCGUGAAAGAACUGGAAUGUCGUAUAGACAGCUGUAGGAUGGAAUUAAAUGCACUAGAUGAAGUGUGGCCCAAUAUUUUUAUAGGUAACAUGAUAGUGGCGCAUAACAAGGUGGAGCUGAGGCAACUUGGCAUCAGCCACAUACUGAACGCAGCCCAUAACACUUGGGGGAGCAAAGGAAAUCAGACCUUCUAUGGCUCAGAGAUCUCCUAUCAUGGCAUAGCAGCAGAGGACUCUGUCGAUUUUGACCUCAGUGUCUAUUUUCAUCCGGCCUCAGAAUACAUCCACAAAGCACUAAGAGCCCCAAAAGGAAAGAUCUUGGUUCAUUGCAUUCUAGGCAAGAGCAGAUCAGCAACUUUGGUUCUGGCUUAUCUGAUGAUUUACCAGAACUUGUCUCUGGCUGAUGCUGUUGAAAAGGUUCUGCAGCAUCGAGCAAUUUCCCCAAACUGUGGUUUCCUAAAACAGCUUCAAGAUCUAGACCUGGAACUGCGGUACAAGAAAAUCCUGUGUCAACUUUUGUGA